CAACUGCCAGUUUUCGGCAGUACUUUCCUCACGCUCUGACAGCGUGAGGAAAGUGCAGCCGAGAACCGGCAAUUGCAUUUCCCGGUGAUCAGCGUGUCAUUGGACACGGCUGAUCACGUGAGCGUGAGGAAAGUACUGCCAAGAACCGGCAGUUGUCAGAGCAGGGAUCGGCACCGAUCAUCAGGGCACUGAUUGGUCGGUGCCCAGCAGUGCCACCCACCAGUUCCGUGCCCACCUGUGCCCAGCAAUGCGCCCACCUGUGCCCAGCAGUGCACCCUCCAGUGCCACCCAGUGCCACCUACCUGUGCCCAGAAGUGCCACCUACCUGUGCCCAGCAGUGCCACCCACCUGUGCCCACCAGUGCCACCCACCAAUGUCCAUCAGUGCAGCCAGUCAGUGCCACCAGUCAGUG